GUUAAGGCCUGCCCCUCCAUUAUAGCGUAGCCAAUUUUUGUUUUGAAUUGAAAUUAAAUACAAUUUAAUUCUAUUUAUCGUUAUUAAAUAGUUUUAUUUCAAAAUAAAAUAAUAAAUUUCAUUUAAAAUGACAUGGGGUUUUGUUACUUGCGGGCCAAAUGAGGCGCUUGUUGUAUCAGGAUGCUGCUACUCAAAGCCACUACUCGUGCCAGGAGGACGGGCAUUUGUGUGGCCGGCAGUGCAGCGGGUUCAGAGAAUAUCGCUAAACACCAUGACCUUGCAAGUGGAGUCACCCACUGUGUACACAAGUCAGGGUGUACCAAUCUCUGUCACUGGAAUAGCGCAGGUCAAAAUACAAGGUCAGAAUGCAGAAAUGUUGUUGUCGGCCUGUGAACAGUUUCUGGGCAAGUCGGAGCAGGAGAUACAGCACAUAGCCCUUGUUACCCUUGAAGGUCAUCAACGAGCAAUAAUGGGCUCUAUGACUGUAGAAGAGAUUUACAAAGACAGAAAAAUCUUCUCCAAAAAGGUAUUUGAAGUUGCUUCAAGUGACUUGAUCAAUAUGGGCAUUACAGUUGUGUCAUACACACUGAAAGACAUAAGAGAUGAUGAGGGUUACCUCAAAGCCCUCGGUAUGGCUCGAACGGCAGAAGUGAAACGAGACGCGAGAAUUGGAGAGGCUGAGGCACAAGCGGAGGCGCGGAUCAAGGAGGCGAUGGCAGAGGAACAGAGAAUGGCAGCCAAGUUCCUCAACGACACCGAAAUAUCCAAAGCCCAACGGGACUUCGAAUUGAAAAAGGCCGCUUACGAUGUCGAGGUGCAAACGAAAAAGGCCGAAGCCGAGAUGGCGUACGAGUUGCAAGCGGCCAAAACGAAGCAGCGCAUCAAGGAGGAACAGAUGCAAAUAGCCGUAGUGGAGCGGACACAGGAGAUCAACGUACAGAAGUGGGAGGUGCAACGCAAAGAGAAGGAACUUGAAGCUACAGUACGCAGGCCUGCGGAAGCGGAGAAAUUCAGAUUGGAGAAGAUAGCCGAAGCCAACCGGCUGAAGACCGUCCUCGAAGCCGAGGCCGAAGCCGAGGCGGUCAAAGUUCGCGCUGAGGCCGAGGCCUUCGCGAUCAAGGCACGCGCCGCCGCUGACGCCGAACAAAUGGCGAAGAAAGCCGACGCAUGGAAGGAGUAUGGUUCCGCCGCUAUGGUUGACAUGAUGCUCGACGUCCUGCCCAGGGUGGCGGCUGAAGUAGCUGCUCCGCUGUCACAAGCCCGCAAGGUGACGAUGGUGUCUUGCGGCGGUGGUGAAGUGGGUGCGGCCAAGCUGACCGGGGAGGUGCUGAGCAUCGUGCAGUGCAUACCGGAGCUGGUGAAGACCGUCACCGGAGUUGACAUCUCCAAGGUCAAGAACUUGACGGAGCCUUCUCUCAUCCCUACACCGACGGCGCGGGGGGACUCCGCUAGAAAAAUACGAUAACUGCUGAUACAUCAUUCUCGAGGGUCUUCGCACCGUGUAAAAGCUACAAAAUAGAGGUAAAGAGUGUUUAGAAUUGAGUUGCAUAAAUAUAAUAAAAGUAUUUCAACUAUCCUAGAAUCGAUCCGUCUUACACAGAGGUUAACUUUCCUGUUAGUUUGGUUGCUGUUUAAAGUUAAUGUAAUUUACAAU